AUGCCUGCACCAUGGCCCCGAAAAUCGCGGAUCACGCGGAUCGCGGAUCUUGAUCUCCCUGCUGGUUUGGAACACUCAACAUCAUGCCAGCCUGAGCCUGUGAACCAACAAGGUCACAAGAACCUUGGGCCCAAGACCCCAGAGGAAUUUGCAAUGUGGCCAAGAACAAUAGUCAAGAGAGUCUUUGAGCGAGGUGACGGCAAUGAUGCACUUCGGUUGGCUCGAUUCAAGUCUUUAGUGGCUGGUGGCCUUCAUGUUUAUUCAGAUUAUUCUGGUAUGGCUGGCGAGUUUGAAGCUCUUUUCCAGCUGGGUGAAGCUUUGGCCUCCAGAGUUGAAUUCGAAGUCAGCCAUCGACGUUUCUGUGAUAUCAGCAAACUGGCGCAAGGAAUUUUGAAAGAAAUUUCCUCAAUGGAAUUCAAUGAGCCUUGCGUGAUGAGUGACAUAAAUAGCCGCUUGCCAGAGCAUGCCUUGAGGUGGUUGAAUGCUGCAGAGCCAGCUGGAGAAGACAGCGCUGAAGCUGCUGCAAGCAGCUAUGGCUCCAUGGACAUGUAUUUGAAGCAGAACAGAAAGUCAAUCUUUGCAGAUGCAACGCAUGAGCAGCUUCUCCUGCGCCUCCAGCCACAGCAGAGUGGCACGGUCGCUGCGGGCUCGUCACGGGACCUGGCCGCCAACCAUGACGUCAAUUACACCGGCCGCCCUGGAUUGAUUGUGGAAAAUGCCACAACUCAGUCUAACGGCCCCCCAGAGAUGACCCGCAACGGGAAAAAAUGGCAGCUGACAAUCGAUGUGCCUCGCAGCGGGCGGCAGAUUGCAGAUGCGCUGAGCGAAUAUGGCUCCGUGGAUGUGGUCACCCAAGAACUUCGUGACUUGUACACAAGCUUUGGUUUCACGAAAGGACUCACUUUGGUUUUGUCAGCUGAUGCAAUGAAUCAGCUUGGCAUCACACUGAGCAGGUGGCAGGUGGGAAAGACAGGAAUGGCAGAAACAAAGUUCAAGUUUGGUAGGGACUGGAUGGCGGAAGAACUGGUUGAUUUCCUCAAACAACAAGGACCAAGGAAGACAUGGGAUGAAAUUAAGGAUCAGCCUCCACAGACGGCCAACACGCGGGGGCGCCCCGCGAAGAGGCAGGCCAAAGAACCCGAUGAGCGACAUCGGUCCAGAUCUGCCGCUGAGAAGCCCGAAAAGGGCGAUGAAAAUAAGGACCCAAUGGAAGUCGAAAAAACGCAGUUGGACUCUCAGACUCAGCCUGAAGCGAUUGACAAGCAGAGUUCAAAGCCAACCUCGCAGUCUCUUGGUAAUUUGACGGAUGCCUUAACCCAACACUGGACGCUGGCCGAUCAAGGUGGAUGCGGUGACUGUGGGUACCGGGCAUUAAUAGACAACUUUCAUUAUCAAACCACUGGUGAGACUCUUUCCAAAGAAGAAUGCAUCAAAAAUGCCAAUCUAUUUCGUACGGAAGUGGUACGACAUGUUCGCAAACAUCAAGAUAGGUACGAAAACCAUGUCAGAGGUGGGAAAGAGGCCUUUCCUGCCUUUUGUGACAAUGCGUUGAAGCAAACUCACUGGAUAUGUGGACUGCUGCUGCAAGCAGCAGCAGAGGUGAAAUCAUGCUGCAUAGUGGUGUGGAAUCAAAAAGAUGAAGUUCUGGAAAGAUUCACUUUCGCUCCUGAGUGGAGUCCACAGGGGAUGCCCAGAAUGAAAAAAGAAGCACCAAUCCUGGUGGUGUACAGAAACGACAAACAUUAUCAAUCCGUCCGACCACCCCAGGAUCAGGACGGCAUGACUAAGGUGCCCAAACACUGGGCGCGAGAGACAGCCAAACCCGAGGCCGAAGCACUUGGAGGCGCUGGACCAAGCGUUGGAGAAUCGCCUAAAACCCUGCACACGCUCUCCCCUGGCUCUUCCCAUGCUCCUUCGCUCCAUACUCUCCCCGCCUCCUCCUUUCGCGGAUCCUCGGGUGGGGGUGUGAUGAUCACGCGCGCGCCGUCCCUGCACUCCUUGGUUCCUUCCGCGUCUUCUCCUCCGCGUCUGCGCGCGGUUGUGCACGGCCAUGCGGCGGGUGGUGGUUCUUCGGGUGCCCUUGCGCGACCCCAUCCUCCGCGCUCCCCCUCUCUUCUUACCUUGGCUGCCUCCCCUCACUCCUGCGACCGGUCGGGUACUAAGGACAAAGGCGCAGUCAAAAAUGACAACACAGAAUGCGACUUUCGCCCUGACACUGCUCCAUAUCCUCGACACCUCAAGCGGCUGGAUGCUAAAUCACAGUCCCGACCUCGGAACUUCCUGAAAGUGGCAGAGCCUGGAGUUGCCCAGAAUGCGGGAAAGGCGGCGCAAGCUGCAGGGCACUUAGUUACUGAGGUCCUUCCGCCGGAUGCCAUGCGAAACCGCGAUAUUGACUACUAUAUCAGUAACCUUGAGCCCACUGAGGUCGAAACGCUUCCUGAUGUUGACUGGCAGAUGCUUUCGCAAACUUUUUUUCAAGCCCUAGUUUGUGCAGUCAGGGCUGCUGCCCCUGACAUGCUGCAGCGAGUGUCUCCGGCCUUACUGAGGAUUCUCAGGGAAUUUUGGGCCGAUAUUUGGAAUAGACGUCAAAUCUCUUGGGAUGAUAUUUGGGAUGAUUUGGUUACUCACACUCCACCACGCCCUGCUCCUGACAGCUGGCCAAGCCUCACACCGGAACAACUCCGUUCUGCCACCAAGUGUAGCCGCGGCAGUGCGCCGGGGCUUGACGGCUGGAGAGCUGAGGAACUUAGUUUGUUCAGUGACGAAAUGUGGCAGGAUGCCGGCUGUCCUCCAGAAACAGUUUCCACUUCCAUCACCUUGUUGGGAUUCCAGUUCAUGGGAGUGACCCAAAGAAAAGCCAAAGACCGAGAACUGACAAGACUCACUGAGGCGACCGAAGUGCUGUCACAUAGGCUCAGAGAUGCUUGGCGAAUCAGAAAAUAUGAGGAAUUCUUGGAACUUGACCGACGAGAAAUUGACCAGUCCAUUGGAGGCGCUGGCGGCGCCAGCACAGCUGGCAGCAUGAUACCAAGUCUUUUGACGCAUACAGCUUUGUAUGCCUGUCAUUCCGAUGCUGACAGACUGGUGACGCCAGAAGAACUAUAUUUUGCUCAUGGCUACAAUUGCAUCAAGUUGCCGAAGGACUCAGCUGCGAGAUCUUGUCGAAUCAAAGGAUGCUUGAAAAAGCUUACCGCACCGCAGCAAAUCCAACUCCUAGGGAAUGGAUGGCAUUUGGCAGUGCUCUCAAGUUGGGUGACAUACAUUUUGUCACACUGCGUGUUCCUCAACCGGACUAUGUCUUUCCAGCCGGAGAAGAGUUUGCUUCGAAGGGGUGGUUCGCAGCUGUGCGAGCUUGAAACGCCGGAGAAGAAACGCAAGACAGAGAAUGAUGAUGAUGCUGCAAGUAAGGUGACUGUGACGUUGCCCCCAAUGAUGCCUGCAAUAGCAUGUGGAUUUCUUCUGGUGAUUGCAGUGGUGGCGCACAUGGUGCCAUCAAGAGAACCAGAACCGGAAGAUAUAGAUGAGGAAAACCAGAUGGAGCCAUCAGCAGAGCCCCAGAGUUCCAGGUAUGAAUCCAACGCGAGAUCUCUAGGAUUGAAGUUUCCUGGAGUAUUUGCAGAUGCUAUGUUUCGAGCUGAGGGUAUGUUGCCUUGGUUGUAUUUCAGAUGCCAAGCGAGAGUGCAGCGCGGCAAAGAUGUCAUGGUGAAUGCUCAGCGAAUGAAUGAGCUUGCUGACCUGAUCCAUAUGUUCAUGGAUCGACCCAACAGUGUUCAACGCGGCCACAUGAAUGAAAGCCUGAUCGCAUUGAGCGACCUUACAGAUGACGAAGAAUCCCCACGCUUUCAAUUCAGUGAACAGCAGGUGAAAGAUGACAUUGAAGUGUCAGAUCCAGACACUUGGAUGGAAGUUCAUCACGAAGCAGAGGAUGAGCGACACUACAUGCUGAGUGAGCGCCAUGAAGUGUCAGAUGGAGACGGAGAACUAUGGGAUGAACAACAAAGUGAAAUGAUGCGAGAGAAUGAUGAAAUUGCCAGAGGUGAAUUUGCAGAUGAGAACGAAUUUUGA